AUGGUUCAAGUGCCGUUUGCAACUACCAAUAUCAGUAAGACACUCCUCUGGGCUAAAACAGCUAUUGAAAGCAUUGGUCUUGAAAGUAUUCACUCUAUCCAAAUUAAAAAUGAGCCAAAUGCAUACAGUGAUACCGUGGCCGGCACAGAUGAUGUAUACCUCGGUCCACCAGCAUGGCAAGGGACAUUCACAAACGAAACCUAUGUUCCUAAUUUCACUCGAUAUGCCAUAGCUAUCAGAGCUGAACUCAAUCUCCCAACCUACUUCUUCACUGCGUUCAAUAUAGGUCAAGAAGUCAGUGACCCAUCUGAAUCGGCAUGGUUAUUCGACGUGGAAACAAUCUUCCAUCUGGGCAUAGAUAAUAAUAGUACCUCUAUGCAAGAGGUCACACAUCACUAUUACCAAAAUAAUGCCGGAACUGCAGCAGAUCUUGCAACUGGUCUGAUGAACAUUACAACAACACAUGCAAACCUCGAUUACUUCCGUGACCAUAUCAACUAUCUGAAAAUAAACCAUCCAUCUAUCCCAUACGUUCUCAAUGAGAUAGGGAACUCUUUUGAUUCGACAAAUUCAUACGCUUAUCAAGCUCGUUUGGGGAGUGCUUUGUGGGCUGUAGAUCUAUACCUCUAUGCUCUUAGUAUAGGUGUAUCGAGAUUCAAUUACCAGCAGACCAUGCACGCAGGAUUCAAUCUCUGGCUACCUGUCCCCAGUGGUGAUCUACAAGCGCAAGUCUUUGCAAAUUACUAUUCUCAGCCGUUUUUAGCAGACUUUAUUGGGGAUUCGGGGCAGACGAUGGUAGCGAAGGUUAAUAUUGAUGGUUCAAGUUCCGGUCCUUCUGGUGAUGCUUAUCUUGCAGCCUAUGUGGCUUUUGAUCAGGAGGUUGCGAAACGUGGUGAUUGUGAAUUUGGAUUACUGGAAUAA